CGUCCCCUCCUGCCGCGCGGCGUGAGCGCCGGGCUCGGGGCCCCCCCGGCCGCCCGCCCCCUCCCCUCCCUCCCUCCCCUCCCCUCCCCUCCCCCCCGGGCCCCGCGCCCCCCCCGCCCCCGCCCCCCCCAUGGACAUGCUGGACCCGGGUCUGGAUCCCGCUGCCUCGGCCACCGCUGCUGCCGCCGCCAGCCACGACAAGGGACCCGAGGCGGAGGAGGGCGUCGAGCUGCAGGAAGGCGGGGACGGCCCAGGAGCGGAGGAGCAGACAGCGGUGGCCAUCACCAGCGUCCAGCAGGCGGCGUUCGGCGACCACAACAUCCAGUACCAGUUCCGCACAGAGACAAAUGGAGGACAGGUGACAUACCGCGUAGUCCAGGUGACUGAUGGUCAGCUGGACGGCCAGGGCGACACGGCUGGCGCCGUCAGCGUCGUGUCCACCGCUGCCUUCGCGGGGGGGCAGCAGGCUGUGACCCAGGUGGGUGUGGACGGGGCAGCCCAGCGCCCGGGCCCCGCCGCUGCCUCUGUGCCCCCAGGUCCUGCAGCGCCCUUCCCGCUGGCUGUGAUCCAAAAUCCCUUCAGCAAUGGUGGCAGUCCGGCGGCCGAGGCUGUCAGCGGGGAGGCACGAUUUGCCUAUUUCCCAGCGUCCAGUGUGGGAGAUACUACGGCUGUGUCCGUACAGACCACAGACCAGAGCUUGCAGGCUGGAGGCCAGUUCUACGUCAUGAUGACGCCCCAGGAUGUGCUUCAGACAGGAACACAGAGGACGAUCGCCCCCCGGACACAUCCUUACUCUCCAAAAAUUGAUGGAACCAGAACACCCCGAGAUGAGAGGAGAAGAGCCCAGCACAACGAAGUGGAGCGGAGGCGGAGGGACAAGAUCAACAACUGGAUCGUCCAGCUUUCAAAAAUCAUUCCAGACUGUAACGCAGACAACAGCAAGACGGGAGCGAGUAAAGGAGGGAUCCUGUCCAAGGCCUGCGAUUACAUCCGGGAGUUGCGCCAGACCAACCAGCGCAUGCAGGAGACCUUCAAAGAGGCCGAGCGGCUGCAGAUGGACAACGAGCUCCUGAGGCAGCAGGUGGGUGCGGGGCCUGGAGUGGGUCAGGGCCCAGGAGCCCCAUAUGCAAGGCGCCGGCCCUCAGCUCCCUUGUCCUCCGUCGUGUUCACCAGAUCGAGGAGCUAAAGAAUGAGAACGCCCUGCUUCGAGCCCAGCUGCAGCAGCACAACCUGGAGAUGGUGGGCGAGGGCACCCGGCAGUGACACCCGCCACCGCUGCGCAGCUGCCGCCGCCCACGCCGGCCUCUGCUGCCCCCUUCCCCAGCCCUUAGCACAGAGAGGGACACACGCCCCUCCCCCAGCUGCGUUUUUUUAUAGUAGAUUUUUAACAAAAAACGGGGAGAAAUAAUGCAUUUCUGUGGAUACAGUGCCCACCGCCCUCCUCCACUUGGAAACAGUAUCCUCCCUCCCCAUCCGUCUGUCUGUCGCCCUUCUCCCGGCCCUCACUAAGCCCCGGCACUUCUAGUGGUCUCACCUGGAGGCAAGAGGGAGGGGACAGAGGCCCUGCCACGUCCCGCUGCCUCCUGUUCUCUGGAGGUACUGAGACAGGGUGCUGAUGGGAAGGAGGGGAGCCUUUGGGGGGCCACCCGGGGCCUGGACCUAUGCAGGGAGGCCACGUCCCACCCCACCUCUUGUUUCUGGGUCCCUGCUCCCCUUUGGGUGUGUGUGUGUGUGUUUUAAUUUUCUUUAUGGAAAAAUUGACAAAAAAAAUAGAGAGAGAGAGAGGUAUUUAACUGCAAUAAACUGGCCCCACGUGGCCCCUGCCUUGUC